AUGGCAAGCCUGAUUUGGUUCACACUGUUCAGAACGUUCAUGGGUAAGCAACAUGGGGCAGUGUGCAACUGGCUCUUUUACUACUUCAAGGCCAAGGGCAUGGCGGGUAACGUAAUUACUCAAGCCUUGUUUGGCAGGGAAACAUCUGAUACCCUGUCCUCGACUUUGGAGACUACGAAAAUGGCAUGUCUGGAGGUGCAUAAGGGGGCAGGAGAAUGGUCAGAUAAUGUGGGCAUCAUCAACAGUGAUGAGGGGAGGACCUUUCCUCUCGGUACCUUUGCCGUUUCACACAUCGUCUACCUUCUCGCUCAUCCACACAAACCAUCAAUUCGUUCAACGUUGGCAAUCGCUAUGACAAAGAAAGGCAAGAGGAUGGCUUUGCCAAUGCCAGCUGCUCAUCGUGUUAAACUGCAAGCUUCUGGCCUCAAAGCAGCUAUGAAGAGUUCACAGGCUGACAGCGAAGCAACCUCUAAAGUAUGGACCAAACAGAGGAGAGUUGAUCAUGAGGCAGAAAUUCCCUGGACAGACAGCCAAGCCACCUAUAUUGAAGAGACCAUCAAACCCGAGGUCAUCUGCCUAUUCAAAACUCUUGAUGAGAAUGGCGACCUUGUUCAUGCUGGAAUUGAUGUAUUUCAAGAUGAAAACUAUGAAGCUACUGGCGCUUACAGGGAGCUUAGGAUUUUACAGAUGAAGAAGAAGAUCGACAACCUCACCACCUACCUUAGAGCUCGUGUUGCAUCCAGCAUUGCCGUUUCUGCCACCGUCUUGAAGUUGAAGCCAAACCUUGACAAGAUUAUUCGGUCAUUUAUGGACUUCACCAAACCAACCACUGCGAAGCAGAUUUUCAAGGGUGAACAUAAAGCAGAAAUUUCACGUCGAGUGGUGGCACUCGUAGCUGCAGCAAAGAAAGAGUUCCCAGAAGAUGGUUCUCAUGAUGAGGAGGGAGAUGAGGAGGGCAUUGGCAAUGGUGUUAAAGGUGUGAAAGUGCAGGCCGAAGAUUUACCUAGUGAUGAUGUGGAUGAGGCUCACGAUGAAGCAGAGUAUGAUCCUAGCACCACACACUCUGAAUCCGAUGAUGACUCCGAUGAUGAGAACUCUGCCUACACAUUCUGCACUGCUGACAUCACAAGAGUUUGUGAUGGCAAUUUCAACCUUGGCACCGCCUACCAGGUUGUGCUAAGUUGCGUGUGGAAAGAAUUGGAUGAAGAAGAAAGAGCCAGAAUUAUUGCUAAGGCCAAAUCCCAGAUGGUCCAUCAUGACAAGAACUGCAAGGACUUUCCUUAUCUUCUCAGGGACAUGAUGGACAGGUUGGCAGCGAUUGAUGGACAGGUUGGAGGCACUGAGAUAGUAGUCCUCUAUGCACUGAGAAAUCCUGGAAAUGCAGCACCCUUUCAGGCUGGACAUCUUUAUGCACAUGCGAACCCAUCUUCUAUGCGUCAUUUCCAUGAUGCAGACUUCAAGAAUGAAUCAAUCAAGUCAUUCAAUGAUUUGGCAGACCUCUGGUCUCAAUGGGGAGGGUCAAUGUUAAUAAACACUGCACAAUUAUCUCAAGGGUUGCUUUUUCAGGCUUAUCAUGGUAUAGGUGAUGUAUGGCUGGAAGAACUGUUCUAUUGGGAAAGUGUGGUUGAAUCGCCUGACAAAUACUAUGAUACCGAAAAGUUUGUAUUUCCCAAUGGGGGAUUUCACAGUCCUUUUGGCUUGAAGACAGGCCAGCUCUAUGAGUUAGCAGGAUAUUUGAAGGGCUUACUAGAGCCAUUUACAUUUUGGAGGAAGCCUGAGAUCUCUUCCGGGUCUGAGGAUCUGCAAGUUUCCUCACAUCUGAACUCGCCGCCGCCACCCUCACGUCUGACAAUGCCAGAUCUGCCUCUGGUGAAUUCACAUCCAAUGACAUCUAUACCACCUCCUUCACAUUCAGCAACACCCAUAGAACCUUCUUUGCCUUCACGUCCAACAACACCAGAUCUGCCUCUGGUGAAUUCGCAUCCAGCGACACCUGUACCACCUCCUUCAUGUCCAGCGAUGCCUGUAAAACCUGUUUUGCCCUCACGUCUGAGAACGCCAGAUCCUCCUCCAGAAGGUCAACAUCCAACAAUGCCUCUGAGAAAUGCCAAGAAGGGUGGCGCAAAGGGUAAAGGGAGGAAGGCAGUUCUGAAGUCACAGCUUCUGGCAGUGGAGGGGGGUGGUAUGCAGACAUGGAAAAGAAAGGUAACUGCACAAGCAGAGGAUGCUCCACUUGCAAAAAGGACUCGUGCUGAUGGUGAACUACAGAGCUCAAAAACCAUCAUCAUCAAAGGCACCAAUGUCAAAGAAAGUGCCAGCGUUAAGGUGGAAAUAACCUGGGGGGGGGAUGAUUAA